CAAUGUGAAUUGGUCGCCGGCGAAGUUGUCGGACGCAAAGAAGCCGUCCAAAUCGCCGUAGAACUCGUUUCUCUUUGCGAUCACAUCUCUUCCGCUGCGCCUGCACCCGCAGUGAAACAGAAUCCAGAAAAGUGCGCGCGGGGCAAGCGAUCUCUUUGACAUCGCACUAAUAACCAUUACCCUUUAAUAUACGCACUAACGACUAGCAGCCGCCAUUAAACUAAUCAAAUCCCUUCCCUUCUCUCUCUCUCUUUCUAUCUCUCGGUCCUGCGUUCCGUUCCAAUUUGUUCUCAGAUCACAAUCGCUGCUCUUCUUCUUCGAUCGUUGCUUGAUCCUUUCUCAGUGACAUAGAGAUUAGGCGUGUUCUUGGAGGGAGGAGAAGGUUGAAAGAGAGACGAGGGCGAAGAUGGCGUUUUGGAGCGGCGGAUUUCUCAACAACGAGCUCUCGAGGAAGACAGCCGUCUUCGGGCUCAGGCUGUGGGUGGUCAUCGGCAUCUGCGUCGGCGCCGCCAUCGUCCUUGUCCUCUUCUUUUUCUCCCUUUGUCUCACCUCAUGCGGCCGCCGCCGCCGCCGCCGUCGCUCCCCUUCCAUCUCCACCUCCUCUCCCCCAAGUAAGAAGCCGCAGAAACCCCUCAAGCAGCACCUCCAGGAUCCAGCCCCUACCAUUUCCAAGGACGUCGGCGAGAUCCACCACUACAACCAACCGGCCGCUCCCGAUGUCCGGAUCGACGUCGGCAAGCCUGACUACCGUGUCGUGCUUGCUGAUCACCGUCAUCAGGAAAGCAACAACAACAACCGUCACCAACCGAGGCCUCCGGCAGGUCCACCGUCCGCAUCCACCACGGGGACGGCCAGCGGAGAGACCACCGGCACCCCUUCCUCCACGGGAGGAGGAGGAGGAGGAGGAGGGCCGCCGGAGGUAUCGCAUCUGGGGUGGGGGCACUGGUAUACGCUACGGGAGUUGGAGGAGGCUACAGAUGGGUUGGCCCCAGACAACGUAAUCGGGGAAGGAGGCUACGGCAUCGUGUACCGCGGGGUGCUCGCCGAUAACACCACCGUCGCCAUCAAGAAUUUGCUCAAUAAUAGGGGCCAAGCAGAGAAGGAAUUCAAAGUGGAGGUGGAAGUGAUUGGGCGUGUUCGCCACAAGAAUCUUGUUAGAUUGCUUGGAUACUGUGUUGAGGGCGCAUAUAGGAUGCUAGUCUACGAAUAUGUAGAUAACGGCAAUCUGGAGCAGUGGCUUCACGGAGAUGUUGGAGAAGUGAGUCCACUGACAUGGGAUAUAAGGAUGAACAUAAUUCUUGGAACUGCAAAAGGCUUAGCCUAUCUUCAUGAGGGACUUGAACCAAAGGUAGUGCACAGAGAUAUUAAAGCUAGCAACAUUCUACUCGAUCAACAUUGGAAUGCCAAAGUCUCAGAUUUUGGGCUUGCAAAGCUCUUGUGCUCGGAAAGGACUUAUGUGACGACUCGUGUUAUGGGGACUUUUGGUUAUGUGGCUCCAGAAUAUGCUAGUACCGGUAUGCUGAACGAGAGAAGUGAUAUUUAUAGCUUUGGGAUCCUUAUAAUGGAAAUUGUAACAGGAAGGUCACCUGUUGAUUAUACAAGACCGCCCGGAGAGGUGAAUUUGAUUGACUGGUUGAAGACCAUGGUCGGCGAAAGAAGAUCGGAGCAAGUGGUGGAUCCUAAGAUGCCUGAGAAACCUUCUGCAAAAGCACUCAAAAGGAUUCUUCUAGUCGCCCUCCGUUGCAUCGACCCUGAUGCACACAAACGGCCAAAAAUGGGGCAUGUCAUUCAUAUGCUCGAAAUGGAUGACUUAUUAGGUCGUGAGGAACGCAAGAUGGGCGGGGAAUCAUCUGCUGCUCAACCAUCAAAGGGGUACACCAGAGAAGAAGGUAGCUUUCACAAACGUGACCACAGAUACAGAUGACGAUGAAUUGACUAGACAAGAACAAGGUGAGCAGUCUCAAAGUGCAGCAUCUUCUUGCGUUGCCCCAGCUCAGCGCAACAACUAGGUGAUCACACAUCAUUCAAAUCCGUAAAUCGACUUGCUUGUAGAUCCUUUUCUUCGUGUGGGCCUUACGUUGUACGUACUCAUUGCAUGCAUGUGCUUGAGCUGCGGCGUUCCCCCCUGUUUAUUGUCCGUAAUACAUUGUAGACUUGGGCCAUAUUUAUUCAGUAUCAAGGUUUGUAUAAUUCCAUAGUUUAAAAUA